AUGACAAUAACAUUGCCCACAUCGUCUGGCCGACAGGUGGGACCAAGACCUAUCGGACUUGAGGAACGGACGCGCAGCCAGGUAUAUCACCACCGCGUGACCCUGCUCUCACGCUCAGGCGCCGGAACCGGUGGUCUCUGGGCUGGCAUAACCAUCGAAAUCUGGGUUCCCAACCUGUACCCGGCGGCGUACUUUAACGGAUCGAUUAGAACCGCAGUCGUCAGAGUUCUUGGCUUGGGCGAAGAUUGGUUUAUGCACAUGGGUAGCGUUGCGUUGGGUCAGCCAGGCUCGUUGACGUUGGGAGGCUAUGAAGAGAACCGCAUUUUGGGACAAGCAGCGGCGUUCUUUAUAGAUACCGAGCUCCCCCGAGUCUUCCUUGUUGACGUCCUUCUCGACUUUGAAACUGAAGAGUCACCGUACAACACGACUGUCGGAAGCGUAUGGCAAAAUGUCAAUCUUCCCGAUACCGCCCGGAGUGUGGUUAAGCAGUUUGGCGGCGCUUCUGGUUCUGCUAUGGUCCUCCCGAACGCGGCGGUCUCUUACUUGUACCUCCCACCCGAAGUAUGCGAGGCUGCGGCGUCCCAUCUCCCCGUCCGCCGGGUGUCGGAAAUCGGCUUGUACGUGUGGGAUUUCCAAGGAGAUCCGAUCGGAACCGCCCGCUUUGUCAAUUCUCCGGCCUACAUGGCCUUUGUCUUUUCCGACGAAGUGUCAAGGAACCUCACCAUCAAGAUCCCCUUCAAGUUACUGAAUCUCACCAUAGACCGCAUACCCUCGAGAGAGAGCGCCGUGAACUGGGAACUGGAUUCGUACUGGCCCUGCAAGCCGUGGACCGCAGCAGACCUUGACGCUUCGUUGUCGCAGGGCCGGUACCAAUUGGGUCGAGCUUUUCUGCAAGGUACCUUUACCGGAUUCAACUACUACCGGAGAUGGUUUUACAUGGCACAAGCGCCAGGGCCAGGAAUGGCACAACGAAUCAUUGUCAAGGACGACGUCUGGGACUCACGGUCGAGAUCUGCGGAUACUUUUGCCGAUACCUGGAGGGCAUCUUGGACGGAAGUCCAGUUAGAGACUGAAAGGCCAUCGGGCAUACCCCUCGACGCCAUCGGCUUCAAUUCCACUUCCACCGGCAGAUUAGGAACGGGUGCAAUCGCUGGUAUUGCGGUCGGGGCGGGAUGUAGUCUGGUUGCGACGGUGGCCGCGCUGUGGUUCUUUUGCUGGCGGGCUCGGAGGAAGAGGGAUGACGACGACGUAGGUGGCGAUCGCGGUCGCGGCGUCCACGAUGUAUAUGUCUUCACCGGAGGCAAGGCGGAAAUAGACGGAGAGGGAAUGCCAAUGUCAGGACUGGCGCAUCGUGGCCCGAAGUCCGCGUUGGGCGGGCAAGAGCCUCAGGAGCUGCCGAAGCCCUUCACCUCGCUGAUGAACGGCAGCCCCGGCCCAAUUCGCAUGGUUUUUGAACUACCGGGUGCCGACAUGGUUUCUCAUGAGAAGGGAGGCGGAGAUAAGAGGCCCAUAUCAGUGUAA